AUGUCCCCAAUCCAUCCCCCCACCUUCGCAACCACACAACUCACCCUCCUCCGCGCGGAACAAACCGCCGAAAUAACCUCCAACAACCUCUUCACCAGCAGCGCCAUCACCACCGCGUCGCCAUCCACCCGACGCACACUGCAAGCGACAGGCCAUGCCCUGACAGGUAUUGUUCUCUCGCAAUGUAGGACGGGGCUGGGGGGGAGGGUGGUGGGGGAGUUUGUGGCGGAUGCGGCUGUUACCAAUACUUCUUCUUCUUCUUCUACUAAUUCUAAAUCUGGUUCCAAGGGUGGUAAUGGUGGUGGUGGUGGGGAUGGGAAGUUGAGGUUAGGGGCGCAUGGGGUUAGGGUUGGGGAUGUGGUUAAGGUUGUUGAGAUUAGUUCUAGUAAUAGUUCUAGUUCUGGGGUGGGUGGUGGGAAGAAGGGGAAAGAGGGGAAAGAUGGGAAAGAUGGGAAAGGAGGAGGGGUGGAAGGGGUUGUGACGAGGGUUGGGGAGAGUGCGGUUUGGGUUGCGUUUGGGGGGAAGGAUUCUGGUAAAGGGAGUAAGGAUGAGGAUGGGGUGGAGGAGUUGUGGGGGAGGAAGGUUUGGAUGAUCAAACUUGCCAAUGAUGUUACGUAUAGACGGAUGAACCAGACCAUGGAGAAAUUGGUCAAAAUGACCGACUCUGAACAUACCCAUUUCAUGCGUGUUGCGUUUGGUCAGACCUCGCCUAUGUUGCCAGACUACGAUUCUAUCGGGCCUCUGGAGUUUACGGAUCCUACGCUGAAUGACUCCCAGAAGGAGGCCAUUCGGUUUGCUCUGGCGGCGCGCGAAAUUGCCCUCAUUCAUGGCCCGCCCGGGACCGGCAAGACGCACACGCUGAUCGAGUUGAUCGUGCAGAUGGUGCAGCGCAAGCAGCGGGUGCUGGUCUGCGGUCCGUCAAACAUCUCCGUCGACAACAUCGUGGAGAGAUUGGCGCCGAAGAAGGUCCCCGUGGUGCGCAUCGGACAUCCGGCGCGGUUGCUCCCGUCCGUCCUCGAUCAUUCGCUGGAAGUGCUGACGCAUACGUCAGAGGCAGCGGAGAUUGUUCGCGACGUCCGCAAGGAGAUCGAUCAGAAGCAGGCCAGUAUUCGAAAAACCAGGUCAGCGCGGGAGCGACGGGCCAUCUACGAUGAUCUGCGAGAACUGCGGCGCGAGUUCCGCGAGCGCGAGAACAAGUGCGUGGAGAACCUGGUCCGCGAGAGCAGCGUGGUGCUGGCAACGCUGCAUGGAGCAGGUGGCCACCAGCUGAAGAACCAAAAGUUCGAUGUGGUCAUCAUCGACGAGGCGAGUCAGGCACUGGAGGCGCAGUGCUGGAUCCCGUUGUUGUCGGCAUCCAAGGUGGUCCUGGCAGGUGAUCACUUGCAGCUGCCGCCGACCGUCAAGUCGACCAAAGAUGAUGUUAGAAAGAUGAAGGCCAAAGAGGAGGACAAGAAAGAAAACGGGGAGUUGCUGGACAAUGUCUCGCUGGAGACAACUCUCUUCGACCGACUGCUGUCGAUGCACGGCCCGGGAAUCAAACGGAUGCUCACGACCCAAUACCGGAUGCACGAGAAGAUUAUGCAAUUUCCGUCGGACGAGUUGUAUGACUCGAAAUUGAUGGCUGCAGACACUGUCAAGGCUCGACUGCUAAAGGACCUCCCCUACGAAGUGGAGGAGACCGAUGACACCAAAGAGCCGCUGGUGUUCUGGGAUACGCAAGGUGGUGAUUUCCCUGAGAAGACCGAGGAUGCGGAUCUGGGCAAGAAAGCCCACCUGGGCGACAGUAAGAGCAACGACAUGGAGGCUCUAGUGGUGAGCCGGCAUGUCGAUGCGCUGGUGGACGCAGGGAUACACCCCGAAGACAUUGCGGUGAUUACGCCGUACAACGGUCAGCUGGCCGUGUUGUCGCAGAUGCUGCGGGAGAAAUACCCCAGCAUUGAGCUGGGCAGCGUCGACGGAUUCCAAGGGCGUGAAAAGGAAGCGGUGGUGGUGAGUCUGGUGCGCAGUAACAGCGAGCACGAAGUGGGAUUCUUAGGGGAACGGCGUCGUCUCAACGUGGCCAUGACGCGGCCGAAACGGCAUCUGUGCAUCUGCGGUGACUCGGAGACGAUUAGCAAGGGCAGUGGGUUCCUUAAGCGAUGGAUGGCAUUCCUGGAGGAACAUGCUGAUUUGCGGUAUCCGAACGCUGGCGAUCUGUUGUGA